UUGGGCAGGCCCUUGCACUACAUAGUUGAAGGUAAAUCUAAAGGAAAUUGGACAGAAAUUUGUAUAGUGUAUGGCCAGCCUUAGGCUCCAAUGUUAGGCUGCUUUCACACUGAGGAGUUUUUGAAGUGUUUUUGCAUUAAAAAAAUGCCUGAAAAGCUCAAGAAAAACAUCUCCCUAUGUAUGACCUCUGUGAUCGGGAGUAGUAGUAAGCAAGAUGUCACUUCUGACAUCAUUGUUUACUACGUGUGAAAUCUGUGAAUGAUCAGAGAGGUCACAUGGUACAAGGCUAUUCACAACAGUCUUGUACCAUGUGACAAGCUGUGACCAAUCACAGCUCAC